AAUCCAAACUCAUCCUCCAGCUGCACUCAGCCGCCUCCGGGAUAGAAAACAACAGGGAAGGAUUACCAGGAUCGGAGCGCCUCAGCUGACACGUUUGAGUCUCUUUAAACGAUUCUCUUUUUAUCCAAGUGACACAUUCCUUCCUCAAAGCUGUGGUUGUGGGAAUCGGGAGUUCGGUAUGGGGGAGCACACGGCGUUUCUGCUCUUACUGAUGGCGACCUUGACGCUUUCAUCUGAGGUGCCCAUGGAUGACUCUGUGGGCUCGCUAACAGAGCCUCAGGUGGCCAUGUUCUGCGGGAAGCUUAACAUGCACAUCAACAUACAGACUGGGAAAUGGGAGCCUGACGCAUCUGGCACCAAGAGCUGCAUUGGCACCAAGGAGGGCAUCCUGCAGUAUUGCCAGGAGGUGUACCCAGAUCUACAAAUCACAAAUGUAGUAGAGGCCAACCAACCGAUCAGCAUUUCCAACUGGUGCAAGAACGGCCGCAAGCAUUGCCGGAGUCACACACACAUCGUGGUGCCCUACCGCUGCCUGGUGGGAGAGUUUGUCAGCGACGCCCUGCUGGUUCCUGACAAGUGCAAGUUUCUGCACCAGGAGCAGAUGAACAAGUGUGAGGGCCACCUGCACUGGCACACUGUAGCCAAAGAGUCCUGUGGCGACCGCUCUAUGAAUCUAAUUGACUACGGGAUGCUGCUGCCGUGUGGGAUCGACCGUUUUCUUGGUGUGGAGUUUGUGUGCUGCCCAGCAGAAGAAGAGCGCAGGUCUGACAGCUCGGAACAGAACGAGGAGGAGUCUGACGUGUGGUGGGGCGCAGCUGAGAAUGAAUAUUCCGACAACAGCAUGACGCGCCCAGCAGAUACUGAAACAGCCAACGAAAAGGACGACGAGGAUGAGGAGGAAGAAGCCUUCGAAAGGGACGAGGAUGGAGACGGAGAUGAAGACGACGAUGAAGAGGACGACAUUAUAGAUGAGAGCGACAGCGAUGAGCGUGGCGCCAACGUCGCCAUGACAACCACCACCACGACCACCACUGAAUCUGUGGAGGAGGUUGUGCGAGCGGUGUGCUGGGCCCGUGCCGAGUCCGGCCCCUGUCACGCCAUGCUGGAGCGUUGGUACUUCGUGCCCAGGAAGGGCCGCUGCGUUCCCUUCCUAUUCGGGGGCUGUGGGGGCAACAGGAAUAACUUUGAGUCGGAGGAGUACUGCCUGGCUGUGUGUGGCAGCUCGUUGCCCACCAUUGCUCCCAGUCCCCCAGACGCUGUUGACCAGUACCUCGAAUCUCCUGGUGAUGACAAUGAACACACGGAUUUCCGAAAAGCCAAAGAAAGUCUUGAGGCCAAACACCGUGACAAAAUGUCUCAGGUGAUGAGGGAGUGGGAGGAGGCUGAGAGACAAGCCAAGAACCUGCCUCGUGCUGACAAGAAAGCUGUGAUUCAGCACUUCCAAGAGAAGGUGGAAGCUCUGGAGCAGGAGGCUGCUGAAGAGCGACAGCAGCUGGUGGAAACACACAUGGCCCGCGUGGAGGCUCUGCUGAACAGUCGCAGGCGGCUGGCUCUAGAAAACUACCUCAGUGCUCUUCAGGCUAAUCCUCCACGGCCCCGGCAGGUGUUGAGCCUGCUGAAGAAGUACGUCCGUGCUGAACAGAAGGACAGGCAGCACACACUGAAGCACUACGAACACGUCCGCACAGUCGAUCCAAAGAAGGCUGCACAGAUCCGACCACAGGUUCUGACCCACCUUCGUGUGAUUGAUGAGAGGAUGAAUCAGUCAUUAGGUCUGCUCUACAAGGUGCCCAGCGUUGCCAAUGAGAUCCAGAAACAAGUUGCGGUCAUAGUGCAGAGAGUCCAGUCUGAGCUGUCUCAGCAAGUCUCCUCCCUGCAGAGCGAUGUGCGGGUUGAUGGCAGGGUGAGCUAUGGUAACGACGCACUGAUGCCAGACCAGGCGUACAGCUCUGCUCCGAUGGAACCCGGCUUUGACAGACAGGGCUUCAUUCACCCAGAGAGCUUCAACCAGCCUAACACUGAGAACCACGUUGAGCCCGUUGAUGCUCGUCCUAAUCCAGACAGGGGACUUCCAACACGGCCUGUUUCUGCCUUAAAGCCAGAAGAGAUGCCAGAGGUGCGGAUGGACACGGAGAAGCAGAAUGCUGGAUAUGAGGUUUACCAUCAGAAACUGGUGUUUUUUGCUGAGGAUGUGGGGUCCAACAAGGGGGCCAUUAUUGGGCUGAUGGUCGGAGGAGUCGUCAUAGCAACCGUCAUUGUCAUUACUUUGGUGAUGCUGAGAAAGAAACAAUACACCUCCAUCCAUCACGGUGUAAUCGAGGUGGACGCUGCAGUGACCCCCGAGGAACGCCAUCUGGCCAAGAUGCAGCAGAACGGCUAUGAGAAUCCCACUUACAAGUUCUUCGAGCAAAUGCAGAACUAAGGAAUUGUGGGGUGGCGUUUCCUUCAGGUGUUCUCCUCAGCACAACUCUGUCACCAUCCUGCUCUUUUCCUUUUUGAUCCCUCGCCCUUUACCCCUGCAGGGAGCUGAACCAAGGGCCUUUCAACAAAGAUGGUUUUGAACGCUUAACACAUCAGAUCAAUCUGUGCAUGUCUCUGCCAGGGGGUUUAGGCCAAAGGGAAAUGGCAUGGAAUCAAGUCUUUUUUUUUUUUUUUGCUAUUAGAUUCCCCCUCAAACAGACAACGGUACCCUGGUUUACCUGCACGUUCAGCCAAUCACAACUUCACAAGGUGUUUGUACAGGAAACCCCUUUGUUUAAAUGACAUCAUCAUCUGCUCUCAGAUUUCAUGGUGAGGCUCUUAGAGCUCAUUGACGCACGACUGAAGUGUUUCAGGUAGAUUUUACAUAAAAGGAGAAAAAAAAAAGAAAAAUAUACCCACAAUCAAAAUAUUUAGAAGCUAAUGAUAUUUAAUGUUUUUUUUAUUGUGUAAUAUAAUAAGCCAGAGAUUAGCUGUAAGUGUAGUGCAUGGCGUUAUUGAUCGGGAGGUCCUGGGAGCGGACCUCUCUCUAGAUAUUCUUGCAGGAUUGUAUAUUUCCAGUGUCUUCUUUGUGAAAUCGUGAUAUGAAGGAAAAAAAAAAA